AUGAAAGAUUUGUGCGUGAAAAGAAAACAAUCCAGAUGGAAACAUUUGUUGAAGCAAAUCAACAUAAAUGGAAUUUUGACAUUCAUAAACGAAUUUCCAGAAUUUCUUAAUAUUCCAUUUCCAAUCGAGUAUCCAUCAAUCAGUGCCUUUUAUUCGAACAUUGAUACAUCUAAUGGAGAUGGCUCCACGAAAAUUACAUAUUACGAGUCAAGCGAUGUUAAUCUUUUAAAUCGUGCUUCAAAUGUUGUUCGUGGCGCUUUUUCUAAUGCUCGCAAUUUCCAUGCUAAAUCGGUUCUGGUUGUUACUUGGAAUAAUGUUCCAAAAUGGCAAGGCGAAACUCAAGAACGUUUGUAUGAAAAAAAUACUUUCCAAGUCGCUAUCAUUUCAAAUGAUGAUGAAUCCUAUGUUGAGAUGUUGUAUCCCCAAGGAGGUAUUCAAUGGGUGCAAGCAGAAUUAGGCGAAUCUGGUCUUCCUGACAUUCGUGCACGUGCUGGUUUUAUUGCCCCUGAUGGUCGCUAUACUGCAUUAAAAGGAUCCGGGACUGAUAGAGUUCGUCAUUUGACUGAAACCUCGAACUAUGGUCAGUCAGGUCGUUGGCUUUAUCGUGUUGGAAAAGUAGAAGAAAAUGCGAAUAUUGAGGAACCUGACAUAGGUUCGCAGCAACAAGAAUCAGACCAGCCACGAUCAUGUGCAAGUGGUGGUCGUCUUCUUUGUCAUUCUUCAGCAACGUGUGAAGAUGCUCGUGAUGGUUUCUGUUGCAAAUGUAAUAACGAUUUCUAUGGAAAUGGCUACAGUUGCAUCAAAAACAAUGUUCCAAUUCGUGUUACUGGUCACAUUAAUGGCUUUAUUGAUUCCACUAACAUUUCAUCUCAACUUCAAGCAUACAUUGUUAUGGUUGACGGACGAGCUUAUACAGCAAUCAGUGCUUUACCAAGUGGUCUAGGAACAAAACUCCAACUUCUGGAAAUUAUUGGCGGUGUCAUUGGAUGGCUUUUUGCUAAACCAGUUGGAACAAUUCUCAAUGGUUAUCAAAUCACAGGUGGAAAAUUCAAUCAUUCAACAAAUAUUAGAUUUUCUAGUGGCGAAAAUCUACACAUAAGUCAGCGUUAUAUUGGCUUAAAUUUAUGGGAUCAAUUAGCAGCUGAAAUAGAGAUCAAUGGAAACAUUCCUUCAGUUCAUGAAGGUGUUAAAAUAACGAUGGAUGAGUUGAUUGAGGAGUAUAUGGUUAAUGGACCUAAUAGUAUUCAUUCACAAGCACAGCACAGUAUUCAGUUAUCGUCAGGUGAACCUGAUAUUGUAUAUACAAUUGAUCAGCAAAUCAAAUAUGAAACGUGUCCAUUUAUCGAACAAGCGGAUCGUGAAAACAAUAUUAAUGGUCGUUUAAAGACAUCGAAGAUUCAGCUCGGUUAUUAUUCACAAGAAAAUGCUGUUCGUAUAUCAACUGUCACAAAAAUUGGUAUUUCUGAUAGAACAAAUCCAUGUGCAGAAGGAACAGCACAAUGUGGGGAAAACACAAUUUGUGUCCCAACUCCCGAUGACCAUUAUGAAUGUCAAUGCAAGAAUGGUUUCACUUUCUCUGGUCCAUCAGAAGAUCGGGAUUUACCCCAAAAUUGUGUUGACAUCGAUGAAUGUAGAACUUCGCACAUUUGUUCAGAAUUUGCAGAAUGUUAUAACAGAAAUGGUGGCUACGACUGUAUUUGUUUACCUGGCUACACCGGUAAUGGUUACCAAUGUUCAAGAGUGUCAUCACAUCAUGAAACUACAACACCUUACUACACUCCUGCGAGAUGCAAUGAUUGUUCUGAAAAUGCUUUUUGCUUUGAAGGGAUUUGCACAUGCAAUGCUGGUUUCAUUGGAAAUGGACGUGAUUGUAGAAUGAUUUGCGCUCUUAAUGAAGUCUUUAAUGGUGCUACAUGUGUUAAGAUUGCGACAGCAGAAGAUGAUGAAGUCCAACCGUAUUGUACGCAGACUGGAUGUGUUUGCCCUCAUGGUUAUCGUAUGAUUGAAUAUGCUUUCAAAUCUGUCUGUCGUAUGGAAGAAGCAACUGAUGAAGAAAGUCAAACCACAGUCUCAUGCGAUGUCAUCAAUAACUGCCAUCCUUUCGCAAAUUGUGAAUUCGAUCAAACACUUUAUCGUUAUCAAUGCGUAUGUGGUCCGGGAUAUGAUGGAAAUGGUGUUGAUUGUAUUGAAAUCGAAGCAAAUUGUGCACAAGAAGAUAUUUGCGAUGUUCAUGCUGAUUGCGUGUACAACUCAACUGUAAGAAGAAGCUUUUGUGUAUGUCAUGAAGGAUAUGAUGGUUCUGGCAAGAGUUGUCAAGUCGUUGCUGAAUGUAAAAGUUCUACAGAUUGUGGUUAUCAUUCAAUUUGUAACAAUGGAAUUUGUGAAUGUGCAAGUGGAUAUGAACGAGAUAAUUCUGACUUAUGCGUUCCGGUUGGCUCUUGUAACGGAGCUUAUUGUGCUGAAAACGCCUAUUGUACUUUCAAUGAUAGAUUAAAGGUCAAUUAUUGUCAUUGUCCUGAAGGCUUUAUAGGCGAUGGAGUCAUUGAAUGUAAAUCAGUUCCCCCUCCUUGCAAUGUUAGAAAUAACUGCGGGCUUUAUGCCUCGUGCAUUCCAAAUUACAGAACUUCAUCAUAUGAAUGUGCAUGUAAUGAUGGAUAUAUUGGUGAUGGCUUCAUUUGUGCACUUGAACGUAAUUGCCACAAUAUUCCUGAAUUGUGCGAUGCUAACGCAAAUUGUGAGUCAACUUUAAAUGGCUGGAAAUGUGUAUGCAAUCAAGGAUUUAUUGGAAAUGGAACGAUUUGCAAGGAACCCCCUAAACUUGAAACAGGAUUUUUGAUUGUUUCGCAAGGUGUUGCCGCUGUUAAGGUUCCAUUAGGUGGCAACAAACGUGCUACACCAGUUUCAACUGCUAGCAUGGCAAUUGGAAUUGAUAAAGAUUGUGCAGAAGGUCGUGUUUAUUGGAGUGACAUUUCAGCGAAAGCAAUUUUCAGUUCAAAAUAUGACGGAACAGAGAAGACAUCGUUUAUCAACACCGACAUUAUGUCACCAGAAGGAAUUGCUAUUGAUUGGGUUUCAAGGCGCAUAUAUUGGACAGAUUCUGGAAAAGACACAAUUGAGGUUGCAAGUUUAGAUAAUUCAACGCUUAGAGCAGUUUUGGUCAAUCAUGGUUUAGUUAAUCCUCGUGGAAUUGCAGUCGAUCCAUAUCAAAAUAAAAUCUUCUGGUCGGAUUGGAAUCGUUUGGAUCCUAAAAUUGAGUGGGCCAAUCUUGAUGGAUCUGACCGUCGUACUCUGGCUAGUUCACCUCAAAUGCUGGCAAUCAAAAGAUUGAAUGUGAGUAUUGACACUUACUCUCAGCAACCAAGAAUAAUUGCUGACAAACUUGCUUAUCCUUUCGGACUUGCAAUAACCGAUGAACAAUACUUCUGGUCUGAUUGGACUACAAAGAAAAUUGAGUCAAUUGAUUUAAACGGAAAUCGUAAGUCUGGAAUACAAACACCACUUUUUAGUAGCCACAAGAUGUAUGGCAUGACAGCAGUCAUCGAUCGUUGUCCAGUUUAUUAUAGCUCUUGCAAUAUCAACAACGGAGAUUGUCCUAGCAAUCAUAUUUGUCUCGUCAACCCAUCAUCAACAUCUGGAAAGACAUGCAAAUGUCUUACACAUGCUGAUUGCAACAUCAAUGAUAUUGAUGAUCCUUAUGUAUCAAGAUUUUCUUAAAGAUUUUUAUAAUUUAAUCAAUCCUACUUUUUAAUAUUAAGUUGCAAGUUUCUAAAUAACCAAAAAUAGAACAUCAGACUAAAUAUUGAAAAUUAUUUUCUUUAUCUAAUUUCAUUGAAAAAAAAAAUUAUUGCAGACUUUCAUUAGUUUCAUUUAGUAGCCUUAGUUAUCGAGAAAAUAAAAGUAUAAAAGCAAAACUAGAUAAGAUCACACUGCUUAUUAGAUUUCAUUGCAUUUCUUCAACAAAGCUUUUCAAAUAUGUUUAAAACCCCUGAGAGUAAAUUAAUUAAAAACUAGUCCGAUGAAGAAAACAAAUAAAGAAAACCUUUUUUAGUUGUCUGUAAGCUUUCAUGGAUUUUAACAUUUCUUC